CGAUGAUCUCCUGUCCCGACACUAAAUUUUUGUGUCCAACAGAAAAAUUAUGUAUUAAUAAAGAGAAACUUUGCGACGGGAAACAGGACUGUAAGGAUGGCGCCGACGAGAAGGACGCCUGUUCGUCCAAACUGUGCGAUUCUUUGUCGUGUGAAUACAAGUGCAGGGCUUCCCUCGAAGGCGGGACCUGUUAUUGUAAGGACGGGAAGACCAUUAACCCGAAAGACCAGAGAACGUGUAUAGAUCAGGACGAGUGCAAAGAAUGGGGUUCUUGUGAUCAGAUCUGUAUUAAUACACCGGGCAGUCACCAGUGCCAGUGCGGGUCCGGCUAUUCAUUGGUUGAGCCCCGACAUUGCAAAGCCACUAAU